AUGCUGCCAGCAACAGACAGCAACAGCUUUGGCAACAGACUGAAAGAAAAUUGCAGUCGUUCCAGCAUUGCCAGAACUGAUAUCAGUGACAUUCUCAGAUGUGUGAGAGAGAAACCAGCGCAUGUGGGGAGAGCCGAGGGGCGAGAUGUGUGUGUGCGGGAAGCCGACGCGUGUGCGAGCAGCCGGUGUGCGCUGCGUGUGUGCGAGAAGAGCCGUGUGUGCGGGGCGGGGGCCGCUGACGAGAGGCGGCAGGUGCUGACGCCCUCCGAGCCCCGCAGCCCGAGCCCUCCCCGCGGGGGGCGGCCCCGCGCCGGGCCUUCCCCGCCUGGCCCCGCCCGCGGCCGGGGGCUCGCUCACCCCGCGGGCGGAGCAGCCGGCGCGGGCCCGGACCGGGGAUCCUCCUCCCGCUCCCUACGCGCCGCUCCGACGUCAGGCUCGGGAGCGGGAGGCAGCGCCCAGCGCUGCCGUUGUCACAGACUCGGCGGCUGCCGGACGGGGCGGACGUCGGGGCGGUGA